AUGCUAUUUAUGUGGCUUUCGACAAUUGCUGGAGGAAUAAUGGUGGUGUGUGUAUCUUUGAAGAUCUUUCUUCCCUAUUUCUGGGAAGAUCUGAUGUUCUUCUUGAUGCGGAGGAGGUUAAAAGCAACAAUACAGAAGUGGACAAGCAAUGGAAUUCUCUCCAUAGUUGAUCUUUUCAUUCAGAGAGUGGGAAAAAUUCCCCACAAGCCAUUCAUUAUCCAUGAAGGGAAGGUGCACACCUAUCAGGACGUGGACAGGAGGAGUAACAGAGUAGCACAGGUCUUCCAACACUAUGGGAAUCUUAAAAAAGGGGACACUGUGGCCCUGCUGAUGGCAAAUGGACCUGACUUCAUCCAUGUCUGGUUCGGGAUGGCCAAGCUCGGCUGUGUGGUGGCUUUUCUCAACUUCAAUAUCCACUCUAGAUCUCUCCUGCACUGCAUUAACACAUGUGCAGCAAAAGCACUGGUGAUAGGAGAAGAGUGUUUGGGAUCAGUAGAGAAAGAAUUUAUUUUCCAUCUUCUGGAAAAUAAUAUUGCUGUCUGGGUGAUGAGCACCAGUUCACCUUUCCAGCAUGUUCACACUGUAUCGGACAAACUAGACAAGGUGACGGAUCACCCUGUUCCAUCUCACCUUAGAGUUAUCACUAACCCAAGAGACACAGCUAUGUAUAUCUUCACAUCAGGAAGCACAGGUUUCCCAAAAGCUGCUAUCAUCACUCAUCUAAGAACACUGCUUGCCUCCUCAACGUUUUCCCAGUGCGGUGCUCUUUCUGAGGAUAUUAUGUAUCUCACUCUUCCCUUGUAUCACAUCAGUGCUUCUCUUCUUGGCGUCGGUGGAUGCAUUCAGUUAGGAGCAACUUGUGUUUUGAAGAAGAAAUUUUCUGCAAGCCAGUUUUGGAAUGACUGUAGAAAACACAACAUUACCAUAUUUUUGUACAUAGGAGAACUCUGCCGCUAUCUCUGCAAUCAACCCAGUAAAGAAGAGGACAGAGCACACAAAGUGCGCCUUGCUCUAGGAAAUGGUGUCAGACCUUCUGUAUGGAAAGAAUUUCUGAUGAGGUUUGGCCCAAUUAAACUAUUUGAAUUCUAUGGAUCCACAGAAGGAAAUCUUGGUUUCUUGAACUACACUAAUAAAAUAGGAGCUGUGGGCCGUGCUGGAUUUUUCUCAAAGUUCCUACAUUCUUUUGAGUUGUUGAAAUAUGAUGUCUGGAAACAAGAACUUAUAAAGGAUGAAAACGGAAGGUGUCAGAAAUCACCCAUAGGUAAACCUGGUCUUCUAGUUGUUCAGGUUACUCAGGAUGCCCCAUUUUCUGGAUAUGCUGGAAACAAAGAAGCCUCAGAGAAGAAACUCCUGCGUAACGUGUUUGUGGAAGGAGAUGUAUAUCUUGAUACAGGAGACCUCCUCAUGCAGGAUGAGGAUGGCUUCCUCUACUUCACUGACAGGGUGGGAGACACUUUCAGGUGGAAAGGAGAAAAUGUCGCCACUUCAGAAGUUGCAGAGGUCAUUGGUAUGAUGGAUUUUGUCCAAGAAGUUAAUGUUUACGGUGUAAGCAUAAAAAAUUAUGAAGGAAGAACAGGGAUGGCAGCUAUUGUGCUUAAACCUGGCCAACCCUUUAAUGGAGAAAGACUCUAUAAGCAUGUUGUGGACUUCCUUCCAAGUUAUGCCCAACCACGCUUUGUGAGGAUCAUGGAUGUUAUGCAAAUUACUGGAACUUUCAAGCAUCAGAAAAUGCAUCUGGUGAAUGAAGGAUUUAAUCCAGAAAUUAUAUCCGAACCUCUGUACUUCAUGCAUGAACCUGCAUGUUCCUAUAUUCCUUUGACAAGAGAGAUAUACCAGAAUGUGGUUUCCGGUGAAAUACGCUUAUAA